AUUGGCUCUAACCGUCCAUCCGCCGGGAAGAGGAGGCGGGGGCGAGUUGUUGAAUGACAGCCGAAGCUGUGUUGACAGUUGAGAGCCAACAAACCAACACAGGGACCCACAUAGGCCUACCUAUAUCACACCAACAACGUGCAAAUAUGUCAGAGGAAAGAGGCGGAGCGGCCAAUAUUUUUUUUUAACACCGUCCGCGAGAUGUUGCGGGCCGACUGCGGACUGCAUGCCAGGACGACACGGUGUCGAUUCUGUCGAGGCGGAGCGGACGUACCGAACUGGGAGGCAGCGCAAGUAAAUAAAUCUAUGGUGUGAGUGUCCAUAGGCAGUUCCUGGAAACGCAUGGCCAGAUUAAAAGGAAGAAUAGGCCGAUGAAUUCCUGGAAAUACAGACCCUCCCGACCAGUAACGAGACAUGUAACGUCCGCCGGUUGGGGUUUAUUCGCUGAAGUUGAGUUCAUACUUCGGCUUCCGGCAGCGUGUAGGAGGCUUUUGUGUCAAUAAAACAGUCCGUUUUGCACGUUUGACAGAUAGCCAAUCAAAUUUGUUAUUCAAAUCGCCGCGCUUAUGUCAGUGACCUAUAUCCCACGCGUGUUCACCAAAAACCCACAGUAACCUCUCCUCCAGACCAGACAGCAUGGGGACCAACGGGUUAGACAAUCCAGCACUGCCGUCCAGCGAAGAGUCCCGGACGGAGCAGCCGACUGCAGGUCCUCCAAUGGAGCCGACAGAUGCACCCCAAGAACCAGAUAGCAGCAAGGAUAGUCCAGAGUGUAAAAUCGCGAAGGAGGAUAGAGUUGUGCAGCUGAUGGAGGGCGGGUGCAAGCUACCCCCUUCACCGGGACCCGAAACCGAGGCUCGGGUUCAGAUGGAGACUCACGGCCCCGUAGGCGGAUUCGUCCCACCCGAAGGAGGUUGGGGAUGGGUCGUAGUUUUUGCUGCAACUUGGUGCAAUGGGUCAAUCUUCGGGAUUCAGAACUCUUUCGGCAUCCUGCACAUGAUGUUGGUGAACGAGCACACAGACUCAGACCGAACGUCUCAGUUCAAAGUGGCCUGGGUCGGGGCCCUGGCCAUGGGCAUGAUUUUCUUCUGCUCGCCUGUGGUCAGCAUGUUCACUGACCACUUUGGGUGUAGGAAGACGGCUGUGAGUGGGGCGGCAUUGGCUUUUAUAGGGCUACUCAGUACAUCAUUUGCAAACUCCCUGAUCCUUCGUUACUUCACAUAUGGCAUAUUGUUCGGCUGCGGCUCUUCCUUUGCCUUCCAGCCCACAUUGGUCAUCCUCGGCCACUACUUCCGCCAGCGCCUUGGCCUGGCCAACGGUGUGGUGACAGCGGGGGCCAGCCUCUUCUCCAUGGGCCUACCUGUUUUUCUUGAGAAAGUGGUUAAACCUCUGGGCCUCAGCAGAACCUUCCAAAUCCUCAGCAUUUUAAUGCUGGUCCAGGCCUUGCUGGCAUUAACAUUCAGACCGUUGCUCCCAGCUGGGGGAGGCAUGGGUCCACCAGACAUGGGGCUUGAAUCCCAAACCCAGGCUACUGCUCAAGGUGGGAACAAGUGGAGCAGGGCCAUCGCCAGGGUUAGAAAAUACUUCAACCUGCGUGUGUUUCACAUCAUGACAUACCGGGUGUGGGCGUUUGGAGUAGCUACAGCUGUGUUAGGCUACUUUGUGCCAUACAUCCAUCUGAUCAACUUUGUAAAAGAGCAGUUCAAGGAGACUGACAAAGAAUGGGUGCUCCUGGUCUGCAUCGGAGCUUCAUCUGGUGUGGGACGCCUUGCUUUUGGCAAGAUCGGAGACCACAUUCCUGGUCUACGGAAAAUCUACAUGCAGGUGGUGUCCUUCAUAGCUCUGGGUCUGAUGUCCAUGAUGAUUCCUCAGUGUUCUGUGUUCAAUGGGCUGGUGGUCGUGUGUGUGUUCCUGGGGCUUUGUGAUGGAUGCUUUCUUACCAUAAUGGCUCCCAUAGCUUUUGAGCUGGUUGGGCCCAUGCAGGCCUCACAGGCCAUAGGUUACCUUCUAGGCCUCAUGUCUCUCCCGAUGACAGCAGGUCCUCCCAUUGCUGGUCUGCUACAUGAUUACUUUGGCAACUACACAGUGGCAUUCUCCCUAGCAGGGGUGCCCCCCAUGAUUGGGGGCGUGGUGCUGUUCUUUGUGCCCCUGUUACACCACAGGCUCCAACAAGGCCAGGCAUCAGCAGAAGAGACGUCCACAACUGCCCACAUGUUGCCCACCCCACCAGCAGCUGGGGAACCCAAGAGCUGCUCCAAUGGAGACAUCCUGCCUGGCUACACUGAUGUAGAGACACACAUCUGAGUCGCAUCUUACAAAGGGAUUCAGCCCACCAGCACUUUUCUUCUUUUUAGAUUGCCUGCCUCUCAAACAGAAAGUCUGAGCUACAGACUUUCUGGUGGCUUAACUUUAACCUCUCACCCUGCCAAAUCCCUGCUGGCUGUUUGCUUCUUUUCAUGCAAAAUAAAGGUGAGAAGGGCGCUCUGGCUGAAAGCCACACUGAGAACAAAACGAAGGUGCAUCAACGUUGGAUGUGGGAGGAGAAUAAGCACAACACGGUCUCUACCAAAAUAGUUUUAUUGGUCGGGACCCUGUGGUAACACAUUCCUCCAAGAGGAGAGAAAUAAAGACUGCAAAGUGACAAUGUCUGUUUUCACAGCAUUUAUCUAAUUACUAUAGCUUCACAUCUGUAAAAGGUUAUGUUUUGUUUUUAGGUUCAAAAUGAACACAUUGUCUAGAUAAAGAGGCUUAUAAAGUAAGAACUAGUGAAGGGAUACAUUUAAAAUUUCUUUCUAUAGUACUUCAUAAAUCUAAUUUUUUUUACAGGAUUCAUUGUAUUUUGUGCAGUUUGAAUACAGUCUUGUGUUGAUUUAUAUGCAGGUCUUUUGCACUUAACUUUACUGCCUGUGCUUCUGACUGAAACAGUUACAAGAGACAGAUAUAUAUGUUUUGUAAAUGUUGCAGCAGGUAACAGGCUAUUCUUCUUAUAGAUGAGCCAUCACAUAGUCACCUCAGCUCAUCUGCUUGCAAGUUUUAGUCCCUGGCUGUAAAUGUAGCCAGGUUCAUAAACUUCAACAGAAUGGCUUUUUCCCUUUGCCAGUCUGCCUGUGACUGGCAUCUGUUGAUUUCACAGAUAUGCAAUGAAACCCUGUGAGUUACAUAAUAGAAGUUUAAGUGUCUAGUGACUUUGUGGUAUUCAGCAGGUAAAGUUAUGCAGUUGGAGUUUAAAAAAAUGCUUCUGCUGCUUAAAAGUUCUUUGAAAAUCUUCUCAUGGGUCUGUAGAGUCUUAUUGUCUGUUACUGCAGAACUCUACAGUUUUUAUUGGCCUUUUAAUGAAGUUGCAAGGUGGGAGACUAAUCUGAAAUAACUGUGUUUGUAAGUUUUAAAAAUAAUUGAUAGUAGUUUUGUAUUGUGAGAACACUACAGGUGUUUGAGUGGGAAGGGUUGGAAUCAUGCAGUUUUUGUCGAAACUUGAUAGUUGACUUCUCUGACUCUGAGGUGGCUACCCAACUGGAUUAGAGAAUCAUCAAAAUAGCCAGUCUUAUAGGAUAUUUUCUGUAUGCAGUUGUUAGUGCAGAACUAGAGAAGGGAUGACAGGGUAAUGGGUGUUUAAAGCUCACCGAUGCAUAGCAGAGAAUUCUGACCCUUGUUAAUCAGUCCCACAGAGGAGCUGCUAUUUUAUAUCUUACUGUAAACCAUACGUCUAGCCGUUAUACAAAGAUCUUGCAAGGCAUUGCAGAUUAUUCCAUUUGGGCCUGAUGACCCCUUACCACUAUUAAAAAUAUCUGCAAUGAGCUUGUGCGCUGUACCAUGGAGUAUUUGAAGAAGGUAGGUUUCUUUAUAUGAUGACUGUUUCUCACCAUGUGACUGGCUGUUUCUGUCUGUGUUUGCCUCAGGAGGUGAUGCCAGCAGGAUUUAGUGAAGCAGAGGCAAUGUGAUUCUUUGGUCAGUGGUUUUCUGGGAAAUCUUUGUUUCCUGAAAUUCAUAAGGAUGUUACUUUGGCAUGAAAAACCUUCCUAAAUGUUUUCCCACAUACACCCCUACAUGGUCAGAUUCUCUGAUCCAUGGAGGCUGGUUUGGCGGUAUGAGGCAUGUGGUUAUAAUGUUGUGGCUGAUUAUUGUUUGCACCUGGUUGAUUAGAGGGAACUACUGAGAUUAAAACAGCCAAAUAACUCAAGGGCUUAUCAUGCCACUUCUCAGAUAAUCCAGUUAAUUUGCUGGUUUAGUUUAGUCUGACAUUAGGGCACCACACACUGUUUAUACAGUAAUAAAACAAAACAUCACAUCACCGUUGAGAUUUGAGAUUUUACCUCAAUAGGGCAGUUUUUUGCACUUCUCCUGAAGAGUAGACUUAAUGAACAUAUAUGAAGCAGAACUGCAGCAAUUUGCCAUAUGAGUUACAGAACUGUGUGGUUAAAAACCGGGACAAGGAUAUGCUCUGGUGUUAAGAUGGUGUUCCUCUUCUGUCCUCUUAUGCAGUCUGAUUUUGUGUUAACAAUACAUCACAGCCUAAAACCUACACAGUCCUCACUGCUGUGUGUGGUUCUUCGAGGGCAUUGUUAUACAAACACAGACACACAGUUCUGAAUAAGAAACACACCUAUACCUCAAUAAUUCAAAAAUCCUCAGCAGUCCAGUUAAACAUAUGGACAUUCUCUAUAAACGCAUCGUGUUCCGUGUGAACCACAGGUCCAAAGGCCUCUUGUCAGUCAGACUUGCUUCCUCCAAAACCUUUAUGUCUUUUUAGAGACCAAAAACUAGAAAAAUAUCAAACUUCCUUAUAUGCGAACAUUUGGUGCAUCAUCAGUUGUUCUCUUCCGCCUUAAUUUCCACAUCUCCACUUUACCUUUUCCAGUAUACUGACAAAUGAUCAAUACUCUGCCUUCAUAGCGUAAUUCUUUUUUCCAUAUACUGUAUACAGCACUAGUCAAAGAUUUGGACACAUCUACUCAUUCAAAAUGAAUGGGUAGAUGUGUCUGUGUAACAGAAAAAAGUCCUUAACUAAAGUCAUUAGAGACACAAGCGUAUAAACAGAUAAUCCACCCAUGAUAUGUGCAUGUUUGAAAACAAAAACAAAAAAGUUUUGUUAGGUGUAACCAGCUGUGCAACAGUUAAUGGCACUAUUUGCAGCUGCUGUUUGCACAUGUAAAGUAGAUGGUUAAUCAGCUGUAUAAGCUAAUAGUUUAGCUUCAGAUUAUUGACUCUAAGUCUAAAAGUCUUCUGUUUAAGUGAAUAAGCAUUCUUCUCCGCAGCAGUACUACUCGAUGCUCUCCCAAGCCUGCAGAACUGCAGAAGUUACUUGAAAUUCUGUUACAAAAAAAGUAUCAUUUUAACUACCAUCAAACUAGAGACAUAUGUCACAAAAAGGUCACAAUCUGGGCCUAAAAGUCUGGUAGCCAUGUUGAAGGAUCUCUGUGUUUAACACCAUCUGCAGAAGCCUGCUUGCACAAAAUGUAUCCGUCUUACCAAGAUUUUAUAGAGUUGAGUAGAUUAUGUGAUUUCUGUGACUGUGAACAUUCAUAUUUCUACCCACCUUUUAGUCAGCAGCUUACAUCACUGUUGUUUUCUAAAACACGUCUUUGAAAAGGACAUUUGAGUUACAGCAGUAGCCACAGUUUCAAAACAAAUCUGCCUUACAUUAAUUCACAGUUUAGCAGGUAAUUCAAAGUCUGCACACCAGACCAGACUUUGUUUCUAGAUUUGAAACACAGUUUAUUUUCAUCCAGUUUCUGGUUAGAACCAGCUGGGUGCUCCUUUUUUUUUUAUUAAAUACAGUAAAUUCAUACAGACAUAUUUUGAUGUAAUUUACAACGGUUAUUAAUUAACCAUAAAUCAUUUUAGUGUCAUCCUUUUAUUUGUCUGUGUUGUUACUUAUACUACUGUCAAAAGAACGGUUGUGUGUCAGAUUAUGUGUUAAAAUUUGUGAUAAUAUAUUAAGGUGAAUGAGCUGAAUUGGUGAAGAGUUGCAGAGUGCAUGUGGGUGGCCCCGUGACAUCUGCUGAACUAGUUUUGGGCUUUUCCUGUGACUGCUUACUGAACUCUCAUCAUGUCAGACUGGAUGAUAAAUGUGUACUUGUUCUCACAGUUUUGCAUUUCUCUCUUGUAGCACACAAAGCUAUUGCCUGCACUUCAGGAAGAGCUUAAUCUCUAGUAGGGUCCCUUGUAUGUUACCUAUAUGUGCUGCUAACAUUACUACUUGUUUUAUUAUUUAGUAUUUUUAAAGGUUUGUUCUUAUAUUUGCAAAGUUUUUGAGCUGUUGCAAAACUUCAAGCUUUUACCCUUGUGAAAACUUUGUAUGUCCCUUCUGUAUAUGUAACACAAGUUUGCCUCAGAGGCAUAUUGAGGUAUUUCUCGUGCUGUCUGACAUGACAAGGUAAAACAUGCAAAAGGCACAAAUCUAAGUUAGGGUAUUAUUGGGACUGCAACUUUUUAAAAAAUGAUUGUGUUACUCUGUUUUCAUCAUCCAGAAGACAUUACCCGGCCUUUAAGUCUCAUCGAAUUAGACUCUUCUAUUGUAAAAGCCCCCUGACUUGGAAUUAAUCCAAACUGUAAUUGUAAUCCUGAACCUUGUUCUGCUGUGCAGAGUGACAUUCCAGUGCUCCUCUGACCUCAUCCUGCUUACUGUUUAACUGGUGUGCUUUACCUGCAUCUGAAACCACACAAAUGACACAUGAAACACCAUAGAUAGCUAAAGGUCUGAUCAUUAGAAAGAUGAGACACAAUUUGCAACAAACACCUCAUAGACUGCCAGUCAUCCAGCAAGAAUAUACUGUAAAUGCUGUGCCAGGUAAAGUAAUAAUUUCUCAUUUUUGUGAAGGACCUUUGUACUUCUUUUGGUUACACCUGGUUGAUGGACCUUUUUUAUGUUCUGGAAAAUCUGUUUUAUCUAUAUUUUCAUUGUCUUGAUUGUAGGUUAUUUCAUCUAAUGUCUUGUUGGUCAUAUAUUCCCAUUCAUGUCUCUGCAGAAAUGUUCAGUCCAGGCCUUCCUACAGCCUUACAUGAUGAAAUAUGCAUAAUAUUCCACUGCAGAGUUCUCCUUUUCUUACCUCCUGUUGGUUGCUGCAAUUUGACCUUUAUUGCCUCUAGACACUUCUCAAAGCUGCAAGCUUCUGUCCCUCACAAGCUCUAUCUUUAAAAACAUAUAAAUACAUAUUUUAGUUAUAAUCAGUUUACAAAAUGAUCUAACAUGGCCAGUGACAUCGUAGGAAAUUAAGUUGUGCUGCUAGGAAAUGUGUCAUUUUGUGUUUUUGUUGUAAUUUUGAAUCUGUAUCAAAAGAAUAACAUUUUUUUCUAUUAAACCAACAAUAAAUGACGACUAA